GUGCGGGGACCGACAAGACAGCGCAGGCCGGCCGGAAAGUGUUUGGAAUAAUUGACGGCGGGGCGUCGCGCAUCCAUCCCCUUCCUGCGUGCGAGCCCGCGCGCGCACAUGUCGUCUUGCCGCCUGGCGGCCGCCGCAGGGAAGCCGAUGAGCUCCAACUUGCUUUCUCUUUCCUGCAAGUCACAAUGGACGCAUCGUCGAACCUGUUAGGUAUCUACUGCUGCGAUUGCCUCUGCUGCCCAUGCACCUUCGACUGAAAACGCGCGGGCGUGUACUUUGCACUGCCCAAAACGCCUCGUUUUGGCUGUCGGCCUGCGCAGAUGACAAAAAAAGCUUUUCUGCUUUUCUUCGAGAUACACUGAAUAAAUCAUUGCGAUUUGGUUCGUGUCUACAGUAUAGCGAGACGGAAACGCGUCAACAACGGAACUAGUCGGUCGCUGGUUGACUUUGAAUUUCUUUUUUGGGGGGGGGGGGCGUAUUAUAUAUCAAAAAAAUCCGCGUUCAACUUCUUACAUACUGAAAAAAACGCUUUUAAUUUUUUGGGCGUUACAUUUUUAUGUUGCAUUUAAAGGACGUAGAAAGUCUCUAAAAUGCACACGCGCGCGCACGCGGUCACACACAAUUCUGUGGUAGCGAAGAUGGAGUCAAGAAUGGAGGAAUGAUUCCAAACGCACCGCAUUUUUUGGUCACUACAACAUACAGUAUAGUCAAACUGAGAACAAAAAAGAAAAAAAUCCACAGUGUCAGAUCUUUACGGUUGGUUGCCAUGCGUGCGCGCAGGCGCGUGGGAACUCCCGACCGGCUCAAAGGAGAAGAGAGAGAAGAGACGAGCGGUGUGGUGCGUGUGCGUGCGUACGCGCGCGCGCGCGGAUGCUUUCCCGUGCGCGUGGUGGCAUGUUCCGGAAUUGGCACUUGGCUGACGUGCAGGCGGUGACGGGCGCCCUAACGUGGCUACUGUGCGCGCUGCUGACGCUGGCGCUGACUCGCCUACUGUGGAGUUUCCGAUGGAGGCUGACCAGGGACCCAAGAAACCCGCUGCCCCUGCCCCAAGGCUCCAUGGGCUGGCCUCUGGUCGGGGAGACCCUGCACUGGCUCGUCGAGGGCUCCGACUUCCACGUGUGUCGCAGGCGGCGUCACGGCAACGUGUUCAAGACGCACCUCCUGGGCAAGCCCGUCAUCCGGGUGACGGGCGCAGAAAACAUCCGCAAAAUCUUGAUGGGCGAGCACAGCCUGGUGCACACGCAAUGGCCGCGAAGCACGCGCAUCAUCCUGGGACCUAACACGCUCGUCAACUCCACCGGCGACGCCCACAAGAGUAAGAGGAAGGUGCUGGCUAAGGUGUUCAGCAGAGGCGCUCUGGAGUCCUACUUGCCGCGCCUGCAGGUGCUGGUGCGCCGCCAAGUGGGCGAGUGGUGUGCGCGGCCUGAUGCUGUGGACGUGUAUGCCGCCGCCAAGUCAUUGACCUUCCGCAUCGCUGUGCGUGUCCUGCUGGGUCUGCAGCUGGAUGAGGAGCAAGUUCUCUACCUGGGCGCCGUCUUUGAGCAGCUGAUGGACAAUCUCUUCUCGCUCCCUGUGGACGUGCCGCUCAGCGGCCUUCGAAAGGGGAUCAAAGCCCGAGAGAUUUUACACGCCCACAUGGAGGAUAUCAUCGCUGAGAAGAUGGAGCAGCAACAGCCCCGCGAACAUCUGGACGCCUUUGACUUCAUGUUGGCCAGUGCCAAGGAGCACGGCCACAACCUCAGUAUUCAGGAGCUCAAGCCUGCAACCUCAGAUCCUUCGGUGAGGGCCUUCUCUAGAAAUGAAGAUGAAACUGCGGUAGAGCUGAUCUUCGCCGCUCAUUAUACCACGGCCAGCGCGUCGACGUCCCUCCUGUUGCAGCUCCUCAGCCACCCGACGGCCGUGCGACGCCUGCAAGCCGAGCUGGAAUCUGAAGGCCUCACAAGCCUCACAGACGUUGGGGGAUGUCCUCGGGCUAACUUGAGCCUGGACAAGCUGAGCCGACUGCGCUACUUAGAUUGUGUCAUCAAAGAGGUUCUUCGCUUCCUGCCGCCAGUUUCCGGAGGGUACCGGACCGCCCUGCGGACUUUUGAGUUGGACGGCUACCAGGUCCCCAAAGGCUGGAGCAUCAUGUACAGCAUCAGGGACACGCACGAGACCGCCGGCGUCUUCCAAGCUCCGGAACUCUUUGAUCCGGAUCGCUUUGGGCCGGACCGCGAGGAGAACCGCUUGUCCCGCUUCAGCUACGUGCCCUUUGGCGGUGGUGUGCGCAGCUGCGUGGGCAAAGAGCUGGCCCAGAUGGUCCUCAAGACGCUGGCUGUGGAGCUGGUGGCCACGUGCAAGUGGACCCUGGCCACCCGGGACUUGCCCAAAAUGCAGACCGUGCCCAUUGUGCACCCCGUCGACGGGCUACACGUGCGCUUCACACAAAACCAGCGGCUUGGUUAGAAAAGACGGGAUGGCGCUCGAUCGGUCCUCCCACGCUCGUGUCGGUGGCCGAGUUCCACUUUUACACUUGGGCCUUCUCAGACUCUGAAGACUCUCGCGCGGAACACAUUCAAAAGCUGAGGCCGACAUGCGGCGCCACCUGAUACAGACGCAGUCGUUCCUGCUAAAACACAACGGAACCCGAUGAAGAUCUAGCUCAGGGGUGGGCAAACUUUUUGACUCGCGGGCCGAACUGGGUUCCAUAUUUGGACCGGAGGGCCGAACCAGGAGCAGAUGGACGUAGUGUUUGUGUGAAGUAAUAUAAGCGACCUGUAAAGGUCAUUGCAUAAAAGAUUUUGGCCUUUAGUAGGUAGUAAAGCAUGGAUAUUCCAAACAAGUUUUUUGAAAACAAAUGCAUUUAUUAACAGCAGUAAAAAAAAAAAAAACACUAAAAAACUGCUAUCAGUGAUUCUCAUAAAAUACGACACUGUUAUUAUGAAUAACAGUCUCCAUCACUUCAGUGCCUGCAGGUCAGACUAAUGAAAGAUGUUUAUCUUAUGAGAUCACAUCAAACGGCAAACAUUCUGACCAAAUAUAUCAUCUUGAAGAAUCGGUGAAAGCAUACAUCCAAAUAAAGUAAUCAAAACGGCAACACGGUGAGGGGUAUCUGAAAAUCAGAGCAGAGUUUUAACUCGCAAACACCUGGUAACAGAGGUGAGGAAACGGGAAACACUUCCUUAAAAUAAGCCUUAAGAACUUUACAGGUUAAGAUUAGUCGCAAACAGGUGGUGCAUCAAUGUCCUUGAGCAUCCUGCAUUGUUUUAAAAUGAGAAUCGUCGUGAGUUUCAAUGUGUACAAAUCAUAUUCAAAAUGCAUUUUUUUUCAACAAACUUGAGAGCCUCCCCUUCAUUUUCAGUGGGAACAGUGUUGUUGGUCUCCCUUUUUUGCUAGUGCGUCAUAGUCUGGAGUAAAAUUUGUUGUGGCAAUUCUUAGGAGAGAUCCGAGGUGUUGGUCCGUUUACCUUGAUCUGUGACGGGUUGAUGUUGAUGUGGCUGAACGUCACCUCGCGUACGUCGAGCCAAAUUGGCCACUCUUUUUAAACACUCGGCACUGUGUCCACCUUGCUUUUCCUUGGGCGACUCAUUCUAAUAGAAGGAUUCCAGGGGAAGGUUUGUGGGUGGCUUUAGCGUAAAACUGUAUCUGAAAGCUCAGCGCGCGAAUUACAAGAAUUCUGUCGUCACAGCCCACGCUCUAAAUUCGGGACUGAGACAAAUAGAGCGCGAGUGCGCCAUGUCCGUACUACUGAGCACGUACACGCACUUGUGAGUGUGCACCGAGCUUUCUGACACGGCUUCCGAUAGUAAAUGCGUAGGCGAGCGGUUCCCCAUCUACUGGGGAAACGCAGUCAUUGCAGGCAAAAUGACCAAAAAAAUGAUUAAUAAUACAAUUUAUUCAGGGUUCGCGGGCCGGAUUAAAUGGUCCCGUGGGCCGGAUGUGGCCCGCGGGCCGUAGUUUGCCCACCCCUGAUCUAGCUGGUACUGACAUUAACUUCCACUUUGGAGUGCGGCAUAACGCAGAGCGAUGGCGCCAUCAGCUGGCCGGCCCGGCACUGGCACACGCAUACACGCGCGGUCACGCACGCAGGCGCGGACACACAGGCACACACUUUAGUGUCCCAUAAAGCAAGCUGUGAGGAACAUUGCGCUCUCGCACAACGUUGUUGCAGUGUGGCGGCUGCUAUGCCAUAUGUUGUCCUUGAGUUGCGUUCAUUGAUCGUACCGUGUUGCUUGUACACAUAAAGUUGUGUUAAAAAAUGCCAACUUGGUGAAUCACAUCAAAUGAAAAUGAAUGGAAGUUUUUACCUUCAACUUGUCUGUCCACGGUGGUGACUUUGCUUCAGUGAACCCUCAGUUCAGAAAGGAAGAAUUGCUUGUCAAUGCUCUAUGUCUGAUGUCUCCUGUCUCACUUGUCAGUGUAGUGUAUUUUUAUUCUGGUAUCAUGCAAUGUUUAUCUCACUAGUAAGCCUAAGUGUGACCGGGUCAUGUUCGGGUCAGGUUCGUGUGGGAUUGUUUGGGGCUUGGUCCAGGAAGGUAGACUCGUUGGCGCCAGACACAUCUGGCUUCCAUUAACAACUGCUAAGAUACACACGAUGUAGAGAUGGGGAGGCAACUGCGGGGUCAUAGGUCAGCCAACACCCCCAUCUGCGCGCUCCCGCGUGGAGGGAAGCGCAAGAGUAUAAGGUUUAGGACGAGAGUAGAAAAAGGGACUCGACAUCUUGGCUAGGGCGCGAGACACUUCUCUCUGACAUCGGUUGAAUAAAAUCUUUCCCCAAUCAGCCAUGUGUGACUGAAGUUUUCCUUCCCCAAGCCAGCCACUUUUUCACCAUCUUGUUUGGAAGACCAGCUGACCAUCGAAGAGAAUUCACCACAAUUUUGGCGUCACGAACAGUUCUCUUGUCCUUCGGGGAGCCCUCGCCCGCCUGGGUGCGAGCAUUGAGCGUCCGGCCGGCAGGCUGAGGUUGAGGUGAGAAGCUUCCACUCACAGUAUCGCAAUGUGCUCGUGCCUGGUGUGGGGGGGGGAUGGAGUGGCUCCUAAGCGGGACAGUUAACGGGCCUGGUGUGCCAGUGGCUGGCAAAAAGGGGGGGGGGAUUUGUCUCCCCUAGCUGGAUGUCGACGAGAUGUGGAUUUUGAAAGGGGGGAGUAGCCCCAAUAGAAAAAUGAAAAUGUUCAAUAAAAAUAGAAAAAGGAAAAAAAGGCAAAUAAAAAUGGGGAUAAAAAAUAGCUUAAGACUUAAUGGGGAAUGUGCACAACAGUGUGAGUGACAUGUCUGGUGUGAAUAAUGGAUGAGAAAGAAAAUGCUCCGAGAGAGGGCACGUGUAACAGGACAGGAUGUCUGGGACAUCGCUGAUCGGCUGUCACGAGAGAAGAAUAAUAGAAAGUCCCAUAAAACGUGGACUUUAUUUUGGCGACAGAUCCGAUGGAGGAUGGAAAUUUUAGCUGUGUGAUUGAGGCGAAAACACAGGUACGAUUGAACACUGUGUGCGACAAGAGACGGGCACCGCCAAGCCACCGGAGGCACAAUUCCCGGGGUCGUGCUGGGACGUUGAGAUCACACCCAAUGUGGUCGUUGAGAGGUCCGGUGGGGGCAUUUGUCUCUAUAUAUAGGUCGCACGAAAAAGGGAGGCUUGCUGCAGACCGCAAUUGGCAAAGCGGAGGAGUGCGCAGCCUUGGCAUCCGUAACUGUGUGAACGAAUGUGGGAAAAUUACCGGCUGGGUCUGGGACCAGGGUGCCGAAAAGAAUGAUGCGCGCAGACCACGUUAUUUGAGCACUGAUCAGAUUAGGAGUUUGUGCGGGUUGCGAGGUUCCCCCGGCUGACAGCUGGUGCGUUAGCCUCUUAGAGAGAUACUCUUCGGGCAACUUACCGGGGCGAACUGGUGCGCUGCGGUCGUACCCAAGUCGUCACGGUCCGAUUCCGAUUGGCGAGGCGCACUGUAAUAGCACACACUCCUGUCAAAGUCUGAUGAAAUUUACGGCUUGCGGCAGACCGCAAUUGGCAGAGCGGAGGAGUGCGCAGCCGAUAGAAAUUGGAAAACGUAGAAAAAGAGGCCUCAGGGGGGUUAAUUUUGGUAUACCAUGUAAGAAAAGUAAUUUGUGUGCACACUGAAGUUAAAAAUCUGCAGUAUAAGGGGCAAUGCAAAGCGCUCUUAGGGGAAACAAAGACAAGAAGUGCAAAGGGCAUGUUUGUAGGUAAGAAGACACAGAAUGACCAAACCGCAUGGAAGCGGUUAGUGAGAAGCUACAUGAGAGAUGGAUUCGAAUCCCUUUGUCUGUGUUCUAUGUUUGUGCGUAAUGUCUGUAAAGUUUCUGUCAGUUGUCGUCGUUCGUCUGAGCUGUGUGCGCGCUUGGUGUAUGGGGUGCGCGUGCGUGCGGAUGCGUGUGCGUGUGUGAGCUCUGCGUGCGCGCUGUGUGUAUUGAGCGGGCGUGCGUGCGCGCGGAUGGGUGUGUGCAUGUGCAGUUCUGUGCGCGCUCGGUGUGUGUGCGUUUAUGUGCACACGCAUGGGGGAAGGAAGACGGCAUGCAUCAGAGAAUGUUCAAGAAAGGAGGGGGCCCUGGGUGCUCCAAGGCGCGGAACGGUGCUAUAUCGGCAAAGGUGGGGGCCGGCGAGACGCGCGGGCCUGGCCAGACCGUGGCGUCAACAUUGA